AUGGGCCAAAGAAGAUGCGGCGGGGGGGGGGGCGACCGCUGCGCCCUGGCCGCCGCCGCCGCCGCCAGCAGGGCCCGGCGCCGCUCGCUGGUUGCCAGCCGGGGGGAGGGGUCCGGCGGCUCCGUGCGGUCGCGGCGGAGCCGGAGCUGCUUCUGCUGCACCAGAGCAGGGGCGGCAGCAAGGGAAGCAGCAGCAGCAGCAGCAGGCGCGGCCGGGGGCGGAAGUCCUUUGUUGCUGCAGCCGGAGGAGGCGGCCGCGGCGCCGGGAGAGCAGCUGGCCGCCCCUCGAGCCCCUGCCUCGUCCUUCCGGAUCCCACCCCCCGCACGUCUGCAUCGGCCUCGGUUCACGAAAGUUAACCCUGGCUUGUGGUACUGGAAAGAUGACAGCCGAAGUCUUGAAUUUGCAUGUGCUCAGCCUAAGGAGGAAGAUAAGGAAGUGGAGAAGAAGUCAAAGAAAGGGAAAACCAUCCACUUCCAAGAGACGGCCACAAAAACGCCAGACAGACCGGAUCCUGUUUUUUUCCGAGAUAUCUUUGCCGAACGGAGAAGUAUCCAAGAAGAUAAGUCGCCCCGGCUGUUGAAGCGAUUGCAAAAGGAACUGAUUUCUCUAGAAGACGUUAAGUACGCUGCCCUGUUUCUGGCCCACGAAGACGAUUCCUUUCGCAUCCAUUCUUUCUCUUUAGUUAUGAGGUGCCGGCAGCUAGAUGAUUUUCUCAUGGCUCUGCUGUACUAUCUGAAUUUUUAUCUGGAAAAAUUAGCCUUGGAGAUGAAACCCAAAUCUUUCAUGGGGAAGCCCAGUGCCCUGGAAAGGAAAGAGAUGUGGGAGAACCAAAUCAAGCUAGCAGUGACCAAAAAGCACCUGGCCGAGCUGUACUGCAUCCUCAUCCUCGGGCUGGGAAUGUCCGAUCAGCAUCACAUGGCUUGCGGGAAGAGGAAAAUAUCAACAACACAGAAAGACAGGGAUUUCUUUGAGUGCUUGUACAACUUCUCCUCCUACGUGGCUUUUGUUACGUUCAGACAGAAGAACCUCAAGGAAAUCCAGCAGGAAGUUGGCCGGCUGCUCCGCUCAAACAUAUUCAAUCCUGCUCUGAGAGAGAUAGCUAAGCCCAAGGAGUUGAAAACAGACGUGACCAAGGAGGUGAAGAAGGUCACUUUCCGCUAUCGCAAGAGCACCGAUGUAAGGCAGCCAGCCAUCCGAAGCAUCAUGGACCAGCGAUCGCCGGUGCUGAGCACCUUGCUGCCGAUGCCUAAAGACAGUGCUCAGUACCUUUUCCAGGACCAUUACCUCCAUGCUGGCAGAAGUCAGCCAGCCUACAUUCCUGAAGAGCUGCCACCCUUUUCCUCUGUCGUGCCAGAACCCAAGAUUGGCAUCAUUGGAUGCCCACGCCACAGAUUUAUCCCUCAUACGCUUCAGCCUAUCGGGACGCAGGAUGCUGAGAACGAGGAUGAUGAAAGCAUGAGAUCGGAGACAAGCAUCUCUCCAGCUGUUUCCCAGGAGCUGAAUGUCUCUCCUAAGGUCCCUCAAGGCAGCGCGAGCCUCCAGUCCGUGGCGGGUUCAAGGGCUACCACCGAAGCAGAUUACGUUGAGAAUCACUAGCAGCGUACGCUAGCCAUUAGGGAUAAUUUUUGUUCGUUUAAUUAAACUCUUUUGAAACGUUU